AUGAAGCUGUCAGGGAAGCUGGCUGUCGUUUUACUCUCCUGCAUAGUCCUCAGAGGCUGUGUUGGUUCUCACCCCAAACCGAGCUGCCGUUAUCCUCCGUCUCAGUGGUGCAGGUCCUUGGAAAUAGCUAUAGAGUGCAAGGUUCAGAAACAGUGCAUGGAGGUUAAAGCUAUCCGGCCCAUUCAAGCAGUCCCUCCAGUUUCUGUGACUCUCUACUACGAGAGCAUGUGUCCAUCCUGCAGAGUCUUCAUCACCCAGCAGCUGUUUCCCACCUGGACCAUGCUGCAGGACAUCAUGGCGAUCACGCUGGUCCCCUUCGGCAACACAAAGAUUCCAUCAGUGAAUCCUGUGUUUGCAUGUCAGCACGGACAGCCUGAGUGCAGAGGGAACAUGAUUGAGGCUUGUGUCAUCCAUCUGACUGGGAACAAUCUUGCAUUUCACAUCAUCUAUUGCAUGGAGUCGUCAGCAGAUGUCCUCAGUGCUGCACAGCCUUGCCUCCAGCUUUAUGCUCCCUCCGUCUCAUGGUCCGCUGUUGACUCCUGUGUGAAAGGAGGUCUGGGAUACCAGCUGAUGGAGGCCAAUGCUGCCAUGACCAGAGCGUUGAACCCAACCCACAAGCAAGUCCCUUGGGUCACUUUUAAUGGGGAAUAUACAGUGGCGCAUGAAGACAAGGCGAUGUCGUCCCUUUUCCAUCUGGUUUGUCAGCUCUACAAGGGAGUGAAGCCUGCAGCCUGCACUGGAGCCUCGGUGAGACUGAGCAGAAGCUGAAGGCAGAAAACUAACUCUUCAAACAGCGCGUCUGUGUCCUCCAU